GCGCCUGCGGCUAGGGAGCGGGGCUUCGCGGUUCCAACGAUUAACUGCUGAAGUACUGAUCAAGUUCUGCGUUUCUUCAAUGAGGAACUAUAGGCUGAUCUUCUGCCAUAAUCUUAAACAGCCAUAAAUGACAAAAGAAUGCUUGCUCAGUGAGGGUAGCUGGUGCAGAAGCCAUUUUUUAAACGUAGGUGUUUAAGUACUCAAAGAAAAGACAGCUUGAUUUCUGGCUGCAAAAAAGAUAUGAGGAAGAGCUCCUCCCCUUCCUUGAGUAACUGCAACUCCGUUCUUGCUAACAAAAUAUUUGGAAUUCCACUUGAUGAGCUGCAGCAGGGAGGACAUCCAGACAAUGAGGUUCCAUUCAUAGUCCGCCACGUUGUGGACUAUAUUGAGGAACAUGGAGGUCUGGAGCAACAAGGACUUUUUCAAGUCAAUGGAAAUGCUGAGACAGUGGAGUGGCUUCGGCAGAGAUACGACAGUGGAGAAGAAGUGGAUUUGGUCAAGGAAGCAGAUGUUCCCUCAGCUAUUAGUCUUCUUAGGUUUUUUCUUCAAGAACUUCCUGAACCUGUUAUCCCUGGCAGUUUGCAUAUUCACUUGAUGCAGCUUUCUCAAGAUUAUAAUAAUGAAGAUGAAUUUGGAAGAAAGUUGAGGUUCCUCUUGCAACAGCUUCCACCUGUUAAUUACAGUUUGUUAAAGUUUCUGUGUAGAUUUUUAGCCAAUGUGGCAUCACAUCAUGAAGAAAUUUGGUCGGCAAAUUCUUUGGCUGCUGUCUUUGGUCCAGAUGUCUUCCACAUUUACACAGAUGUGGAAGAUAUGAAAGAACAGGAAAUAGUGAGCAGGAUAAUGGCUGGACUUCUGGAAAAUUACUAUGAGUUUUUUGAGAAUGAAGAGGAAGAUUUUUCAUCUAAUGAUUUGAGUUCAAUUACUGAACAGGCAGGUAGCAGCGUUCUCCACAAGCUGGAGUCUGGAGAGCAGGCAUUUCACGAGGCCCUAGAGAAGGGAAUUACAGCUGUCAAAGGAGGAAGAGAUGUUAAUGAACUUUCUGAAGAAGAGGAAGAUGAAAAGCUGGAGCAUAUAGAAGAACUUCCAGAAGAAGGUGCAGAGAAAUCAGAUGACAUGCCAGAGGUGGUACAAUUAAGGAUGACUGAGAACAUCCUGGAAUCAAAUAGUGUUACAGCUUCAACGAGUGCUCAUAUAUCUCCCAUCAGCAUUUUACCAGCCUCUGCAGACAUUUUAGAAAGAACAAUUAGAGCAGCUGUGGAACAGCACCUUUUUGAUCUGCAGAGCAGCAUAGAUCAUGAUUUUAAAAAUUUACAACAACAGAGUCUGGUGUGCAGUAGUGAAGCAGGAAGUGUUAAUUGUGAUGAAGAAGGAUCGAAUAACCAGGUUGAUAUUGCUGAUAAUAUUAAUGCCAGUGAAAGUAACAAAGAACCUGUGGCUAGUACUAAUUUAGACAAUGAAAUUAUGCAGCAAGAUUUUGUAUUUGGGGAUGAAGAAAAUAACCAGUCUGUAGGUAUACUGUUAGAGCCAUGCAGUGACCAUGGUGAUAGUGAAGAUGGCUGUCUUGAGAGGAAAGAAUAUUUGUUAUUUGACAGUGAUAAAUUGUCACACUUGAUUCUGGAUUCUAGUAGCAGUAUAUGUGAUUUGAAUGCCAACACUGAAUCAGAUGUGCCAGGAGAUCAAAGUGUUGGUGUCCAAGGGGAAGCAGCGUGCGUCCAAAUUCCACAUUUAGAUCUGAAGAAUAUUUCUGAUGAUGAUAUAUGGGAAGCGUCAUGCCCUAUCACUUUUCCCCUCAUUGAUUUCAAAACAAUGCAUCUGCAGAGAGAUGGGGAGGAGCCAUUUCCUGCUUUUAAGUCUUGGCAGGAAGACUCUGAGUCUGGAGAAGCUCAGCUGUCUCCACAAGCUGGAAGAAUGAAUCAUCAUCCCCUGGAAGAGGACUGUCCCCCAAUAUUAUCACACCGCAGUUUAGAUUUUGGGCAAAGCCAACGUUUCCUACAUGAUCCAGAAACUUUGGAUUCCUCAUCUAAAGCACUUUCUUUUACUAGGAUACGAAGAUCAUCCUUUAGUUCAAAAGAUGAUAAAAGAGAAGACAGAACACCUUAUCAGUUGGUCAAGAAACUUCAGAAAAAAAUCAGACAAUUUGAAGAACAGUUUGAAAGGGAAAGAAAUAGCAAGCCUUCUUACAGUGAUAUUGCAGCCAAUCCAAAGGUAUUAAAGUGGAUGACAGAGCUUACCAAACUGCGGAAGCAAAUUAAAGAUGCAAAACACAAAAGUUCCGAUGGGGAAUUUGUACCUCAGACACGUCCACGUAGUAACACUCUUCCAAAGAGCUUUGGCUCUUCUCUGGACCAUGAAGAUGAAGAGAAUGGAGAUGAAUCCAGGGUCAUUCAGAAGGAGAAGAAACCAUCUAAGGAAGCAACCCUUGAACUUAUUCUGAAAAGACUAAAAGAAAAACGUGUUGAGAGGUGUCUUCCAGAAGAUAUCAAGAAAAUGACAAAAGAUCAUUUGGUAGAAGAGAAAACUUCUCUUCAAAAAAGUCUACUUUACUAUGAAAGUCAACAUGGAAGACCGGUGUCCAGGGAAGAAAGGCACAUUGUUAAACCUCUCUAUGAUAGAUACAGACUUGUAAAACAAAUGCUGACAAGAGCUAGCAUCACUCCUAUCCUUGGAUCUCCAUCCACAAAGCGACGGGGUCAGAUGUUACAGCCAAUCAUAGAAGGAGAAACUGCACAUUUUUUUGAAGAAAUCAAGGAAGAAGAAGAAGACGGUGUUAAUCUGUCCUCUGAGUUAAAUGAUAUUUUGAAAACUGCUGUACAGGUGCAGUCUUCACUGGAAAACUCAGAAUCUGAUAUUGAAGAAAAUCAAGAAAAGCUGGCUCUGGAUCUUCGUUUGUCAAGUACUCGAGCAGCUUCGAUGCCUGAAUUACUGGAACAACUUUGGAAGGCCAGAGCUGAAAAAAAGAAACUACGUAAAACAUUACGGGAAUUUGAAGAAGCAUUUUAUCAACAAAAUGGAAGGAAUGCCCAGAAAGAGGAUCGUGUUCCAGUGCUUGAAGAGUACAGGGAAUAUAAGAAAAUUAAAGCCAAGCUUAGGCUUCUUGAAGUUCUUAUCAGCAAACAAGAUUCUUCAAAAUCCAUAUAAAAUAUGCUCCUUGAAAAAUCACUUCGUACAGUCAGUUGUGUUCCUUGAAGUUAUCAUCAUGUGUACUUGGCUGGUUCUUGAGUUCAUUUUGUCAGGCACUCAGAGAGUCUCAUUUUGUACUUGCUUGUAGUGACACUAAACAAAUGAUAGGAGGGUAAGUAGGCCUUCUUCCGGGAGCGUAAGUGAUGUUCCGUAUUAACCAGACUGUCCUCUCCACCUUUAGCAAACAUGCAGUUUUCUUCAUUGUUUUGUAUACUACAGAUACAUCCUAUUAACUAAAGACUAGAAUUUUAUCCUUUCAACUUCAAGAACCUUGGAAAUACAAGCUUUUUAUUAUUACCAACUUUUUUUUCCAUUACUGAAGAAUAUCAAUUGGAAAAUCUCCACACUGAAUUCUUCGGUUGCCUUUUUCUUACAGAGUGACUGAAAAGUUGAAAGAAAAGCCUAUAAAAGUGCACAUAGCAACUGUGUUAUGUUUUCCUAGAAAACCAAAAUCAAACUGAAGUUUCAAGUCCUUCUGUGGAACACCUUUAUGUUUAAGAUUCCCAAAGUGACACCUUCUUGCAGGUAGUAUGUAGGCAAAAUUUUGCAGUUAAGUGGUCACACAGCUCCUGGAUGAAGAUAACAGUGGGUAAGACCAAAAAGUGACCUUGCUUAGUAUAUUGAAAACACACACCAUACAUCACACACAGAACUGAAUCAUAUCACUUGCUGCCUAUGAGACUUCAGUUACUGUUUGUUUUCUAAGUUGCUAUUUAUCAGCUGGUGAUGAUGUGAUUUUGUCUGGAUCAAAUCCUGCGCUGUUCCCCAACCCACUUCCAGAUAAUGUGAGAAAAUAGCCAUGUCAGUAUGUUGGAACUCUGAUGGUGCUCAGAUUUGUGUGUUCAAUCAAAUGGGCCUAAAUCAGCAAAAUAAUCAUUAUGCCUAUGCCUGAAGUAUGUCUGUUCUUAACAAGGGCUAUACCACUGCAUUUUUACAUGUACCUUCAGGAGGUUGCUUUUUUUUUUCCCCUCUUUUAAUCAGCAACAUACAUAGAAAAACGCCCCCUAAAGGGACCACAUUUUGUUCAAACAUGCUGUUUAA